AAAUUCAUUCGAUAUGGCGCGCCUGUACGUACGGUACGAUCGAGCGGGUACGACCGGUACGACUCGAUAACGAUCGACUACAUCGUGUGCAUGCGAUAUAUGCGAGCGCAGUCGAGUAUAUCAGAAUGGCGCAUCCUCAUCCAAAUAGUGAUCUCCUUGAUGUAAUACACCAGAGUGUCAGAACUCUGACGGAAGCUCUAUCCAGUUGGCAGAGACAACCGUCAACCUCAAGACCAACAACACCAAGGUCCACGGCCGUGGCCUCUGCCAGCUCUGUGGCCGCGGAGUCAGGCACCAGGCCAGGCCCAGGGACUGCAUCAUCAUUUGCGUCGUCAGGGCCAGCCCUGCCGCCUCCGGGCCAACGCCAGCGUCAAGUCUGCGACCGUGCUGGUGUUACCAGCAACACUAGUAACAGUACUAACACUAGUCUUCGGGAGUUUCGCCAGUUAUUUGGCCUAUCUGGACGAGGUGCUAGUACUAGUGCAGCCAGUACUGGACCAGGACGAGGUCGAGGCAGCAGCAGUAGGCAUAGGCCUAGAUCAUCUAGUGCUUGUCCAACUACAGGCCGUAUCUCGGGAUCCUUCUUGAAAGAUGUGAUCCUCCUAGAUUACAAGGACGACACGGUCGAAACCAAACUUCGCCAAACAGAAGCCGGCCGUGUGAGCUCCUCCGUGUCCUUUUACAAGGGCAUGGACGAGCGCGAGGUAGAGUCCAUAAUCGAGGAGCUGUUCGCCGAUGAGCUUCAAGACCUGCCCAGGCCAAGAUUUGAAUAUGUGAAGGUAUUAUCACGUAAAGUGACGGUGCCCCACACCAGACAGAGUCACACAUGGAAUGGUGCUGCCAUUCGGCACCUGGCUGGUCAGGGGGACCUGUACGUACGAGCUACAGCUCCCAUUGUUAGAUCUGUUCCGAUGGAAUCGAGUGAUGAGGAACUACCAGACGUUUUUCUAGAUACUACAUCUUCCACUGCUCCUUCAUCUACUCGGGUUUCUGCCCCUUCAUCUACUCGGGUUUCUGCCCCUUCAUCUACUCGGGUUUCUGCCCCUUCAUCUACUCUGGUUUCUGCACCUCUUUCUGGAAACAAUGCAUCAUAUACAUCCAGAACUUACCAAGAAUACAUCAAUCUUCUUGAGUGUGACGAUAUCGAGGAUGAACAAGCAACAGAAGAUCAGUCACCACUGCUUGUCGGAAAUUACAAACCUAUCAACUUAGAAGACACUAUCAUGAAGAUGUGUUUGGAAAGCUGGAAAAGUUCCCAAGUUGAUGAUGAGAAUAAGACACCUGCAUCUAGAAUAACUUUGAGGAGGUCUCACAUACUGCAGGAUGUAAUCAGGGCAUAUAAAGGCACCAAUAUCCACCCGAAGGCUGCUCUGUCUGUUUACUUCAUUGGGGAAUCUGGCGUUGAUGAAGGUGGACUGACGAGAGAGCUGGCCUCUCUUCUUCUACCACUGAUAAGGGACAGCAGUUACCUCUGUGGUCCACCAGGCAAAAUGGUACCCUCAACACUUACUUCCACUUCCAGGCUGAUAAAUGGAGAGAUGAGGGCACUGGGUAAGAUCCUGGGAGCAAUAGUGCUCCAUGCCAGACAGAGUGUCUCCUUCCUUAACCCAAUGUUGGCAGAGAUUGUACUCAAAGACUCAGCAACUGAGUGCACAUGGGCGAUUGAUCUCAUUCCUGAUGAUGGAAAGCGUGCAAGUGUCCAGAAGAUCCAUGACGCAACCACAGACGAUGAGCUGACGACAGCCCUUGAUGCGUGCACCAUUGUCGAUGAUCUUUGCUGGACCAAAAUCAUCAACAUAGACAACAAGGCAGAGGUGGUCAGGGCAGCCACCAUCCAGUACACAUACUACACUAACAAAGCUGCCAUUGAUGAAAUGUUACUCGGGCUAAACUUCUACGGGGCGAAGGAUUUUGCCAGGAAGAAUCCAGAUUGCUUCAGAAGCCUGUUUGGCAGACAGGAAACAAAGCCUCUGGACGCCAACACGGUUUUUGAUCUGUUUCAGCCAAUCUACAGCCUUGCAGGCAGCAAUGCCAGGUCUGAGGAGGAGGCAACCACCAUGUUCUUUAUCGAAUUCUUGCAGAAAUGUGGAACCGCAGAUCCUGAGGUGGAAGGUCUCACCCUGGAGGAUUUCUUGCAGUUUUUCUGUGGGGCAAGGUGCAUACCGCUAGGUGGGUUUGACAUGGUACCGACCAUCAAGUUUCACAACAACAUGCUACCUCACGUUUCGACUUGCUCACUUGAGCUACAAAUCAAUCGCAAGUGUGCUGGAGCCGAGGCAUUUAUAAAGGAUAUGGUGUUCGGUCUUAAGAAUGCACCUGGUUUUGGACAGGUUUAACUGGAUUUCAUUGAGUGGAAGUGGUUUGGAUGCACCAUCUCUAGUCAUGGAAAGGAAUUAUGAAGGUGGAUAGAAGUGAAAGUGAAUUAGAGAAAAGUGUAGGGUAAAGAAUAAGAAUUUAUUUCAGAAAUGAGAGUAACCAUUAAAAAGAUGGGUUGUAAUCCUGAAAGUAGAUGUAGUCACAGUGACAGGCUUGAGUAAAAGGCUGAUGGAGAGGUGAGAGAGGCCAAGUAGACAAGAUAAGCUUGAGUCAGAGUGGAGUUUCAGGUGUACAAUAAACCACUGCUGUGAUUAUUCAUACCACCAUGCAAGUCUUCAAAUAUACUUCACAUCUUCAUUGUAUUUCAAAUUGUUAUGCCUCUUCCAAACAUCAUUUGGUUUCGAGUCAUCCAUUCAUUUGAGAUCUGCAGUCAUAUUUUUAUAUUUACUUAAGUGCCAAUGACCAUGCAUUUCUUUCUUGCCCACCAGAGGUGAAGGCGAGACUAAGGGAUCCAAAUGUCUGUCCUUCACAAACAUGAUAGCAACUCCGCAAUCUAUCUUCAUUUUUCAACCAAACUUGGACGGUAGAUGUCCUUAAGGAACCUGCAUGUAAUGCUGCAGUUAGAGGUCACAUGUUAAGGUCAUUUGAGGUCAACAUUAAAGUUUAUGUGUAAGACUCUUUAUGUCACAUGUCACUUUUCACCCAAACUUGGGCUGUUCUUAAGAGACCUGCAUGUAAUGGUGCAGUCAGAGGUCACAUGGUAAGGUCAAAGGUCUUUUUCAGGUCAGCAUUGAAGCUAACGUGCAAGACUCUUAUGACACAUAACUCCGGAACCAUAAGUAACUUAUGAACCAAACUUGGGUUGUAGCUGUCCUUAAGAAAAAACCCUGCAUGUUGUGUUCAGAGGUCACAUGGUAACGCAGAAGGUCAUUUUUAGGUCAUUAUUAUGACAGAACUCCGCAACUUUCCGUCACUUAUGAAGCAAACUUACGUUGUAGCUGUACUUAGGAGACCUGCAUGUUAUUGUGCUCAUGGUAAGGUCAAAGGUCAUUUGAGGUCACCAUUAAAGUUAAUGUGCAAGACUCUUUAUGUCAAAAUGGUAUUCAAUCCCAGUUAUUUUACAAUGUUCUUUUGAUAUAAUUCUGUUGCAUGCCUUAGCAAAUCAGAAUAUUUUUGGUUACCAUCACAAGUAUGUGAGAGACAACCUCGCUUCUGCCUUGUAUUAUUUUGCUUGGUAGACUUUGGACCAAAAUGUCAAUUUGAUAAUUCAUUUUUAUUUGUUGUCAAAUUAUUUUAUGUUUUUUGUGUAUCAAACCAUAAUCGUUGAAAAAGGACACAGAACUUCAUCUUUGAUAAUUCUUUAACAAUACUUGUGUUGGAAUUCAUUGUAACCAAAGAGUCAAAGUAUUUAAAGUUUAUAAGAAGGCAAUAAUUUGGGGCCGGAAUUUUGCUGCUACAAGUAUUUCAAUAUAACGCGUUUGUUAUGACAGUGUGCUUUCAUUAUUUCAGGGAUCGGGAUUCAUGGUCUAUCUCUGAUACAGGUAUAUAUCUGAAAAUAUCUUGCCAAAGGUGCCAAAGAUUUCGAAUGAAAUUGUUCAAGCAGACUUUUGAACUUUCAUUUUUUUGGUAAGAUAGACUUACAAGACCAAUAUGCAACUCUUCAGGAUAUUCCAAUAUUAUUUGUUGUCAAAUAAUUUGAUGUUAUGUAUCAAACAAGAACCUUUGUAAUGGACACAGAACUUCAUCUUUGUUAAUUAUUCUAUUUAGUGGAUCACAUGCUACAUGUACAAAUAAAUGUACCCAAGGGAGAUAUAUUGGUAUAAGUGAAUUCACUAGAAAGGUACUAUAUUGCUGUUGUGUAAGAAGGUAUUUAAAGAGGACACAGGUGUGUUACCAUAAAGAUACAGGUGAAGGUGUAACUGGUGCUCUUGCAUUUUAUCAAGUAUCUAGUUCACAAAGUGACAAUACUGGGUUAUCAAAAGUUGCAGUUCAAUUGAAAUUGUUCUAAUUUACUAAGAACUUCAUAGAUGACUGAAAUUAAAUCUUGCCAGAGAUGGUGCUUAAUGUAAAAAUAUUUUUUUUAAACAGAUGACACUUUUUAUAUCGAAAUCCUCAGGACCAGCAGUUUAUUUUUUUUGUGUUGAAAUUUUUAACAAAGAUUUAAAGUUAUAUAGACAAUAAUUCGGGGGCCAGUUUUUUGCUGUUUACGGAUAAUUGAUGAAAACAGUGAUGUAUUAAUUCAUCAUUUCAUGGAUUGGGAUUUAUUGUCUAUCUCUGAUACACUUAGAUAUCUGAAAAUGUCUUGCCAAAGGUGCCAAAGAUAUAGAAUGAAAGUGUUUAUGUACACUUCUAAACUUCCAUUUUUUUUGUCUCGCAUGCAUAGCAGAGCCGGGGGGGGGGGGGGGGGGCACUUUCAUUUACGAGUGGAUACCAUUUGGACCAUGGGGUCUCGAAAAGCACCCUAAACAAGUAUUUUCCAUAUUCUGAAACUGCAAAUCCUUUAUAAAACAUUUUAAUUUUGUUUUAUCAUCCCCACAAAUUUGACCCUAAACACAUAGUUUUCUUAGCAAAAUAGAUAGCCUUUUUUCAUUAUUAUUGUGUUUUUGACACUCUUAUGUUACGUACGUAACGUGCCCUAUCUUCAAAAAGACGUCCUCUUUACAUGUUUUUUGGAGAAAAAACGUGGUAUCCACUUGUCACUGUAAACCCCCCCCCCCCCCCUGGGUAGCAAAGUAAGACUAUUGGCACCGCUUCUCGAUGACAAUAGUGUCAACAUUAAAUCUCAACCAAAGAUAGACUUUGGACCAAGAUGCAAUCUAAGGUGAUAAUCCAGUAUUAUUUUUAUGUCAAAUCAAUCCAGUACUUUUUUUGGUUGAAUCACAUGUUUUUGUGUAUCAAAUAAUCUGUGUUUUAAUAAGGAUAUAGCAUUAAUAUUUAUACUUGUUUUAAAGAUGACAUGGCCACAAUGUUGAGAUAGUCCGAGCUGUAGGUUUUACACAAAAUCAGUUUAAUGUAUUGUGUAAACUGUACAAAUGUACCCAAGUGAGAUAAAUUUGAAUAGGUGAAUUCACCAGAAAGGUAGUGGCAAUCCAAUAGUAUCUUAUGAUUGUUUAAAUCUAUAUAGGACACAUACAUGUUUACCAUAAAGUUGAAGCUAAAGAACUAAGAGGUCUUUGAACUUAGUAUCUAGUUGACCAUAUGGCAAUAAUACAAAGAUUAUCCAUAUGUAAAGUUAACAUUUCUGUAAAUGAAUAAGAGCAAUCCAGAGCUGCCAACUUGUAGGAAAAAGUCAUAGCUAUUAGGAUUUUCAUGUCAAAUUAUGCCACUAUGCUUUUGACCUUGAUUAUUACACUUUUGAUGGCAAAGUAGUAUGUGAACAUUUAAUACUACACAGUAAUACAUUGCUCAGUGUUAAACUCAUCUGUAGACAGCCAAUGAUGCACAUGAUUACUGUAUGUAUCUUUGUGUACAUUGCUAUCAUCAUAUGCUUAAAUACUGACUAGAUUGGUUCUUCCCUCUUGGAUUUAUCAAUGAUUUAUGCAAAAUGUAGUACUCGAGAUGAUUUUUUAUCUGAGCCAUCAAAAGGAUUCAUUUCUUUCUAGGGAUACACUCUUAUACUGCAAUUUUUGUAUGCGUUGUUAAUGUACAUGUAUGACUAAAACGCUCUAUAUCUAUAGAUGAUAAUUUGUAAGACCUUGUGUCGCAAAUGAAUAUAUUAUUUUUAUUUCAAAGUAAUGACUUCUGAGCUUCUGGAUUACUACUCGUGCAAUCUUGUAAUGGAUCAAGGUCAAAGGUAAUUUAGGGUAAAUGAACAAACGUUAACCAUCAAAGUCAGCACUGCAGCUAUACUGAAUUGCGUAAUGCAGGCGAGACUGCCAGAGGCAUUCCACUUGUUAUUCUUUAAGUGUAUAAACGGGGAGUGCACAAAAUGCGGCCAGAAAAGGAUUCUCUCAACUAAAAAUGUGUUGUAAAUCUUAUAAGAAGUGUAAAUCAGAACGUUUGUUUUGAGAAAGUUUGAUUCACUUUUUAAAGCCUUUGUUAACAGGGCAUUGCAAAAUAAGACAAUUUGUGCAUGUGGGCAGGUCCAAACUUUGGAAUGUCACUAUUUAGAGACGUCAGACGCAAAUAUUCUAAAGACAAAGGGAUGCAUUUUGAUUGUUUUUGUGGUAUGUAACAACCUUGGUGGUAGGCAAAUCAAUCAUUGCUCUGGUGAGCAACAUAUAUCCUGGAACUCUUGUUAUAAAGGAUGUUUAUUGUUCUAUUGUUAUAUGUACCAUUGUUAUGCAUACUGAAUAUUUGACUACACAAUAGUCAUUAAAGUUCUUGUUUACUUACAAUA